UGUGGAGGCGUCGGCAGUGCCUCGGUUUGACAGAUAAAUAUUUUGUCCUCCUCGCUUGGGGGUUGUUUUUUUGCUGUCGUUUCUGCUUUUUUCUUCCCCGGGUCUUUAGAGGUAACCAUGUCGUACGGACAAUUGGAGACUUAUCGGCCUGGGGGGCUUCCGCCUCGGGACUUCAGCACCAUUAUCCAGACCUGCAGCACCAAUAUACAGCGCCUGGCACAAUGCACUUCUCAGAUAAAGAAUUUGAUGAAUCAGUUGGGGACCAAGCAGGAUUCUACCAAACUGCAGGAAAACUUACAACAGCUGCAACAUACAGCAAACCGGCUUGCCAAAGAGACCAAUGAAUACCUGAAGGAGCUGGGCUCCCUUCCUCUGCCCUUAUCUUCCUCAGAACAGCGCCAGCAGAAACUUCAGAAGGAGCGUUUAAUGAAUGACUUUUCUGCAGCCUUAAAUAAUUUUCAAGCAGUGCAGAGAAGAGUCUCGGAGAAAGAAAAGGAAACUGUCGCCAGGGCAAGAGCUGGCUCUCGUUUCUCUGGAGAUGAGAGACGCAGGGAAGAGCAGUUGGUCUCAUUUGACAGCAAUGAAGAAUGGGAUCAGAUGCAGUCUCAAGAAGAAGAUGUAGCAAUAACAGAACAAGAUCUUGAGUUAAUUAAGGAGAGAGAAACCGCCAUUAGGCAAUUAGAGGCAGAUAUCUUGGAUGUGAAUCAGAUUUUUAAAGAUUUGGCUAUGAUGAUCCAUGAUCAGGGAGACAUGAUUGAUAGCAUAGAAGCAAAUGUAGAAAAUGCAGAAGUCCAUGUGGAAAGUGCCAGUGAACAAUUGCAGAGAGCUGCUUAUUAUCAGAAGAAAUCACGCAAGAAGAUCUGCAUCCUAAUUCUUGGCCUGGCUUUUGCUUGUCUAAUCUUGGUAUUAAUUGUCUGGCUGCUAUCAAAAUGAAAUAUUUCUGUGGAAUUAGAUACAAGAUUAAUAUUUCUGCCAUGAGACAAGCCUAAGGAAUGAGGGGAUGGAGGUGAGAUGGAACACAAACUGAUUUUCCAUUAGUAAUUAUAAUAUAAAAAACUAACAUGAAGAUAACUAGUUCUUCGACUUAGUGAACCAUGAAGACAGUUCAUGUUUAUUUAUUUUAUGUAAUUAAACUUGUGGAGGACUUUUUUUUUUGUUGUUUUCCCAGAGAUUCCUGUCCCAAAUAUAAAGUAUUGAAGGAUGUGAUCAGUCAUCUAGAUUAGUUUGUUAAUUGCCAUAAGCACUACAGAUCUAACUUUUUUUAAUGUGUACUGCUUUUAUAAGUGACUUAGAAAUAACUCCCAAGCACAAAAUCCCACUGCCGAGCAAUUUUUAGUGAUCCACACAGCUGUUCCAGAUGUAUAUCCCCCUGCAGGAAACAGCCACUUCUUUGAAACAGCAGUUCCUGAGUUGCAUUGUGUACUUCCAGAAGCUGUUUUGAGUGUAGCCCAGUGAGUUGGGGGGAAAAAUGGGACCUUCUGUAGCAGACCGUUUUUUUUAACUUGUGAAGAGAGAAUGUCUCAAUUUUCUAAAAGAAUGGUAUAGCUAAUAUGAGACACGUUGAAAAUGGCUCUCUUCAGAAACCCACUUAGUAAUGAUUAGUCUAAAGAUAUUUGUAUUUAAAGUCCUGUUUAUCUGUUCCAUUUUUGUGGUGACUGUCAAUUGUUCAGUAGUAUAUCCAAAUGUCUUCUUGCCUAAUGAAGGUUUUGUUGGAGAAGGGCCAUCCUACUGCCUCUUCUCAACUUUGUACCACUAGCACAUACAUUAAAUACUAUGGCAUGUAAAAAGUUGCAGCAGAGUUUGACAUGGAAAGAUGACAUAGAGAAAGUUAUGCAUCUUUUCUUUUAGGAUUUCGGUAAAUAUUUCUGUCCAACAGGUUACUGGUUGGGAAUACCAAUUUCCUUCCUAAGCUGUCUGGGGAUAUUGCAGUCAAAUGUACUAGAAAAACAAAAAUUUCCUGAAAGAAGAUUGCACCGUAUUUUGGGCUGGUUAUGACUUCUGACCUCCUUUUCAUAUAGUGAAAGUAAAGUAGUUUAUUCUUUGCCUACUGGAACCUUACGUGGGUUGAAACAAAACAUUUUCCAUAUUAAGACACUAUAGGAAAGUGUUGCUCUGAAUAGCAAAAGAAGCUUUAAACCUUUUAUACCAAGGAGGAUUAGAGGUAUGCCAGUCUAAGAUUAACUAUGAUGUGUCUUAAUGGAAACCCAUGGGUUCCAUUUUACAUCUGAUUUGGACUUUUUAGAUUGCUCAGAACUGAUAUUUUUAGUGAAAUUUCUGGGUGGGUUAUUUGGGUCAAUGAUACUCUUAAAAGAAAGUGGAUGUGGAAAGCCUGAAAUGUUGACUUGGUAACAUUCUGUAUGCAAGUAAUGUAUGUUUUUCUCCUGACAUGCUCACUAUUUAUUAUUUCUCAUAUUUUACAUAUCUAAAUGACUAAACUGUGAAAGCUGUGUGAAGAACGAUGCCCUCAGUUGCACAUUUUUCUUUGUACUCUUACUCCAUCAUUCCAUCCAUUUAAAUAUCAAUAAACAUUUUUAGAUAUUUGACAUGUCUUUCUUUUAGCAGAAAUCUCCUGAAAGGUUUAAAUCACUUUAAAUUCUUGAGAAAAUAGUUGACUUCAGUUGAAGGCCAGGAUGACAUUGCUAGAAAUAAAGGUGAUUAUGGCUUUUGUUCCUUAGAGUCCAUACCAAGUGAUGCAUCAAGUGUUACCUAUCAGUUGAAGAUUUCUGUUUCAUGCCUCUGAACACCAACUUAAAUCCAUAAAACCUUAUGUCCUAAUAAGGUUUUAUAAUGCACAAGAUUUUGUACAUUUGCUGCCAUAGACUGUCUCUGUAGAAGUCAUUGCCAAUGAAGAUUAUGUCUGGAGUAAUAGUGAGGUUUCUACCCCUAUUUGUUACCAAAUUCAACUCAAUUUUUAUUUGAUUGAAU